CCUCCAGGUUGUCAGAUCUGAAGGUCUUUGGCAGGGAAUGAAGACAGACUGGGCAGGAGACUGUGUGGUAGUUGUGAGGUGCAGGCACAAUUCGAUGAUCUGCUUUGAUGAGAAGUUGCAGCGGAUAGGACCUGCGGAGCAGAACCGACGCAACGGCCUCACCCUGGCCCCUCCACACUCUCGAGUAAAUGGCUGGUCGUUGCCUCUCCACUCCUUCCAGGUAGUCACCUUGGGGCUUUAUGCCUACCUGGCUAUUGUGGGUUUUGGCAUCUACAUCCCUCUUCUCCCUCACAGAUGGAAAUACGCGGCCUAUGCUGUGAUUGGCCUACUUUUUGUGCACCAUUUAAUUAAUCAUCUGGUUGCUGCCACCAUCGAUCCAGCGGAUCGGAAUGUCUUGGCCAAGAAGAAUUACCGCAAGCCCAUGCCAGUUUUUGAUCGCAGCAAGUGCAAGCAUGUGAUUGAAAACCAGCACUGCUACCUUUGUGACGCUGAAGUAGGGCCAAAGGUCAAACACUGCAGCACCUGCAAUAAAUGCAUUGCAGGCUUCGACCACCAUUGCAACUGGUUAAAUAACUGCGUUGGAAGCAAAAAUUACUGGUUUUUCUUCAACGCAGUGGCUUCAUCGGUGCUUGGACUUUUUCUACUGAUCUUGGUGAUCCUAUAUGUCUUCAUCCAGUAUUUUGUCAGCCCAGCAGAGCUCCGGACAUCUCCUCAGUUUGAAAGUAUUGCAGGAAAUGCUUUCUGGUUGGGUCUGUUCUUCCACGUUGCUCAAGUAGAGACGCGAGGUGUAGCCAUCAUAUCUCGCAGCCCUAUAACUCUGCUUUUGGGAGUUUGGCUUCUUUCCUACUGCUUUGGACAUUUUGCUGAUGUUCACCUUUUACCUCUAAUAGAAUGGUCGCGGGGAAAAAGGGGUGAAUUUUCCACCUUUCUAUUUGAUUUUCCAGUCCUCUCUCUUGAUACACAAGCCCGAUUUCCCUCCAUUCCAACAGGCAAGAAAAGAGACCAUGUGCCAACGGAGAGAGUGGGUAAGAAGUUGAGCACGUACGAAUACAUGACUCGACAUCGACCCAGAAGCAACACUGUGUCUCAGGAAACGAAUGUGGCAAGAACGCUAGAGGGCUCUAGCAGAAUGGAACGCUUACAGGAUUUACCUGAAAUAAGACAACCAAAUCAUUUGGAAGUUGCGGCGCUCCCAGUAUCAGAAACACUUGGCCCAUAAUGCAGUUGGAGUAACGACGUCAGGGACAGCCAGCUUCCACCCCCAUGGCCUUAGCUAUGAGGAUUUUCCAGAGGAAUUUCAGAAUGGGACAGUACGGAGUUCCAUCACCAGAUGUAUAUCAUAAAGCAUUAUUUCGGCAACGGUGGACAGCUAGUUAUCGUUCUGUUGAGAUCUGCUGGCUGUGUCACAGUCAGACAAGACAAGAGGGGGCCCUCCCUUCACAGCAUGAGCAACCGUGCUCCUUUUGACCUAUGAGGAGGGGCUGUUAAUACCGAAGACUCUGGGAUGUCAAGAACUUGAUUCACUGGUACCGUCAACUGAAGUGCAAAUUGGACAUCGCAGUGUUCCCUGUUUUGUGAUAACAGGGAGCUUUGUCGAACUUUUCGCCUGCUGGCAAUGAAUCUCCGGAGACUGUAGAUGUGGUUCAAGCUGGCUGAGGGAGUUCCCCGUUGAGUUGACGGGUGGACGAGUAACAAAUGCCAGGGAGAGGCUCUGAGGCCUACGCUGAUGCUUUCUCUGUAUUCAAUCGGCAAACGUACGCAGCGGAAGAUGGCUGGAUAUGGACAAUUAUUUGGGCUUGCCGGUGGGAGAAACCAGAAUCACAGCGUCCUGCCGAGUCUGUAUCGAGUGUUGCUACAAGAAGGGCUUCUUAUUGAAACUCCAACUGGCCAAGACUUCUCUUUUCCUUGAGCUUAAUUUUUACUGCGAAAACCAGUUUUUGUCAGCCGUGGAUCGCGUUUGUCUCUUUUAUUUUUUAAUUCAGCUUUUUCAAAAAAAAUAAUUUGUACGAUUUUGGCAGCUGGCGCAGUAGGAAUGUUUUAACGAACCCCCCAAAGCACAAAGGGGCGAGUUGUCUGUACUAACGUCCUGUGUCAAAACGGAGCCUUCGACACUGAAAUUUGCAUGAAGGCUAUUUCAGAUUUGCACUUUAUGUCAGGAUGGGGUGCCUUUUUUAAAUACAGGGGAAUUCUCGAGGGGUUUUUUUAAAGCAAAAUAUUUCUAAUAGCGAUGUGCUUAUUCGGUCAUGUUUUUCGU